AUGAUGCCACUCAACGUCUCUAAAUGUUUCUUCAAUUCAACAUCACCUACUUUUCCUCCAGGAUCCCUGAUCGUGACGGCCUCAGCAACGGACGCAGACUCAGGCACAGACGGGGAGAUCGUCUUCUCUCUCCUUGACCCCGACGUGCCAUUCGUCCUUGAACCCGAUUCGGGUCAGCUGCUUGUCGGUGUGGGACUGGACGCUGAGACCCAGUCCAGUUACGAGCUGGUCCUCCUGGCCACAGACAAAUCUACAACCGUCCCGAGAUCUGCCUCUGUGACCUUCACCGUUAGUGUGGCAGACGAGAACGAUAACUCUCCCUCGUGUGAUGUCGUGGGAGAGAUUGUUGUCACUCCGGAUACCAAUAUUGGCACGAUUUUAGGCCAGCUCAACUGUAUUGACCCCGACCCAGGCGCCCCAACCCCCCGGUUCACCAAAGUGUCAGGAGACCCAAACAACUUCUUCCUCAUCGAUGCCGGAACCGGUGAGAUCCGAUUGGCUACAAGACCGGACGAGGGCAUCUAUAAGAUUCAGGUCGACGUGGAGGACGGAGGGGCUGACCCCUUACUGACCAUUAGAAUGCCUUUCCAGGUCAAAGUGGAAACUGAUCUUCAUAUUGAUACCUUGCCCCUCACUUUGCCUGUGGCUGAGGACACGGGGUGGGGCGACACAAUUCUGACUCUUACAGCUGCAGGAGGCUACGGCCCUGUGACUUUCUCUAUUAUGAGUGGUAAUGGUGAUGGGGUGUUUCACAUAGAUAAAAUGUCCGGAGCCAUUAAACUACUGAAAACUCUUGAUAAAGAGGGCACAGAUUCUUAUGCUCUGGUUAUAAAGGCGGUUUCUGUCAAUGGGUACAGUGCUGAGAGCAAUUUAGAUGUUAUAGUAACGGAUGCCAAUGACAAUUCUCCAAAGUAUUCCAAUUCGUACGACAGCGUAAAAGUGUCUGAAGGCGUAUCGACCCCAACGUUUUUGAGACAAAUCACAGCAACAGAUGCAGAUACAGGGGCAAAUGCGGUGAUCAGUUACUCAAUUCUUUCCGGGAACGAUGAAAUGAAAUUCUCAUAUGACUCAACAGGAAACCUGCAAGUGGUGGCUACUCUAGACUACGACCUGACUCAGACAUAUAUCCUGGUCCUCCAAGCCACAGACAAUGGUAGCCCCGCCCUCACAGGAACAACCAGUGUCUUCGUGGAGGUGGAAGGAGUCGAUGAGCACGUGCCGGUCAUCGUGAAGACGAGCAGUGGUCAAAUCUUUAAGAGUAUAGCCGAGGACGCGGCCGUAGGUGGGGCCUUGUUUCAAAUCAGUGCCGCGGACGCGGAUUUUGGGUCUGAGAUCUCGUUCUCCUUCACCGGAGGCAACUCUGAUGGGCAUUUCACAAUAGAUCAAAACUCUGGGGUCGUCUAUUUAGUCCUACCCUUAGACAGACAAAAUAUCCCAUCGUAUAGCCUCGACAUUCUGGUCUCCAACGAGCUAGGGCAGACUGACUCAGCUACUGUGGAGAUAACAGUGACGGACGCAAACGAUAACGACCCUGUCUUCGACAGAGGCAAUUACGUCUUUGAGGUGCCUCAUGGGACAGCUGCUGGUGACGUCAUAGGUACCCUGGCUGUCAGUGACAGAGACGAGGGCGUGAACGGAAGGUCUACUCUGUCCAUCACUUCAGGUGAUCCUGGCAGUGUGUUCACCGUCAACGGUUUUUCUAUCCAGGCCGCAGCCGUGCUGGAUGCUAAUGUGGAGGAUCUCUACUCUCUGGUUGUAAGUUCUAUUGUAUAUUAUUAUUUUUGAUUGAGAUGACAUGCAGAAUGCUCCACCGUGUUUCUCGGUUAACAUAGCAUUUAAUUUAUG